AUGGAGAUCAGACGAUGGCUCCUCCAGUUUCUUGCCCUUCUCACCAUGACCACUGCCCUUCUUUUGAACCCAUCCGCUUCCACUUCCAGCUCCAUCAGCACCGUCGACGACCUCCCCACUCUCCUAUCAUUCAAAUCCCUCAUCACGAAGGAUCCCUUGGGCGCACUCUCCUCAUGGACAAUCAACAGCAGCUCCAACGGCAGUACUCAUGGCUUCUGCAGCUGGACCGGCGUGAAAUGCAGCAGGACUCACCUGGGCAGUGUCAUGGCACCGCGCUUACAAGGUCUUAGCCUCUCCGGGACGGUUUCACCAUUUCUUGGGAACCUCUCCCGCCUCCGCGUACUCGAUUUGUCCAACAACAAGCUUGAAGGUCAGAUCCCUCCUAGCCUUGGUAACUGCUUUGCUCUCCGCAGGCUCAACCUGAGCAUGAACUCCCUGUCCGGUGCCAUCCCUCCCGCCAUGGGAAACCUGUCAAAGCUGCUUGCUAUGGGUAUUAGCAUCAACAAUAUCUCGGGUACCAUUCCUCUUUCGUUUGCAGAUCUUGCUACAGUCACCGUGUUAAGUAUAACAAGUAACUCUGUGCAUGGGCCAAUACCACCAUGGCUUGGCAAUUUGACAGCGCUGAAACGUUUGAGCAUGGCUGAGAAUAUGAUGAGCGGCCAUGUUCCACCAACUUUGUCUAAGCUUAUCAACCUUCAAUAUCUGACUCUAGCAGUCAAUAACCUGCAAGGUUUGAUCCCUCCAGUGUUAUUUAAUAUGUCGUCACUUGAGUACCUCAAUUUUGGGUCAAACCAACUGUCAGGCUCUCUACCACAAGAUAUUGGCUCUAUGCUUCCUAACCUGACAGUUUUCAGUGUAUUCUACAACAAAUUUGAAGGCCAGAUUCCUGCCUCCUUGUCAAACAUAUCUGGUCUUGAACUUAUCGUUCUCCAUGGGAAUAGAUUUCGGGGACAGAUCCCAUCAAAUAUUGGCCAAAAUGGAUGUUUGAUUGCAUUUGCAGUAGGGGACAAUGAGCUGCAGGCUACAGAGUCAAGGGAUUGGGAUUUUCUGACCUCCUUGGCUAACUGCAGCCGCCUAUUUUCUGUAGGUCUUCAACUGAAUAACCUUUCAGGGAUUUUGCCAAAUAGCAUCAGUAAUCUGUCGCAAAAACUUGAAACUCUUAAAGCAGGAGGAAACCAAAUUGCUGGGCAUAUACCUACAGGCAUAGGAAGAUAUUACCAACUCACGAUGCUUGCGUUUGAGGAAAACCUUUUCACAGGAACCAUCCCUUCAGAUAUAGGAAAGCUAUCCAACCUCAAAGCACUAUCUCUAUCUCAGAAUAGAUGCCAUGGGGAGAUUCCAUCGUCAAUAGGCAACAUAUCACAACUAAGUCUGCUAACCCUUUCAGCCAACAAUUUGGAGGGUAGCAUUCCAGCUACUUUUGGCAACCUUACUGAGUUAAUCUCCCUGGACCUUUCCUUGAACCUCUUGAGUGGGCAAAUCCCAGAAGUGUUGAAUCCCUCAAAAAGAAACGAAUUUUGGUGUGAAUCAACUAGGGAUUUGAGAGGGGAUUUGAGAGAGGAGUUCACAAUACAGAGAACUGGAGCAACUUCAUGAGCUGCCGUCCAUUCCUUUCCUUAUCUCUAUCUUCCUUCUUUACACUCUUGUCCUCCUAACAUUUAUAAUUUACACAUUAGUACAUCAUACCAAAUACAAAUUUACCACUAAACUCAACACUUCCCCUCAAGAUGGGGCAAACACAUCAUAUAACCCCAUCUUGCUACAUAAGCUAGAAAACACUUUUUCAGCGAGACCUUUGGUCAAAAUAUCCGCUAGUUGGUUUGAAGAGCUCACAUAAUGCAUACAUAUUAUUCCUUGGUCAAGUUUCUCUUUGAUAAAGUGUCGGUCAAUUUCUAUGUGCUUUGUUCUACAAUGUUGAACCGGGUUAUGUGCUAUAUCUAGCGCAGCCUUAUUAUCACAAUACAUCAUCAAUGGUCUUGCCUGGAAUAGACCCAACUCCAUCAGUAUGAUUUUUAGCCAUAAGACUUCACA